UCGCGUGAAUAUGAUGUUUUACGUGACGACACGUUUUCAUUCUUUAGCCAACGUUACGCACCUCAGUUCUUAGUUUUUGUAAAAUCGUUGGCUUUUUUUGUCUUUGGUGAGUUUUUUUUAUUUCUUCAGCUCAGAUUGCUUAGUUUCCUCUUUUCCGCGAGGAGCCUGUGUUUGUUCUCUUCCUCCGCGGGGGAACAAAGAGAGCAGAGAUGUAUAACGGGAUUGGACUGACCACGCCGCGCGGCAGUGGCACUAAUGGCUAUGUGCAGAGGAACCUGUCCUGUGUUCGGGCCAAGCGCAACCGAGACGAUCAUGGAGGACCGAAGGAUGAGAAGGACAGAGAGAGGUUGGAGAGUCAGCUGAACCGACAACCUAACGCUGAUAUCCUGGAGCACCAGAGGAAGAGACAGCUGGAGGUCAAGUGUGCUGAACUGCAGGACAUGAUGGAAGAGCAAGGGUACUCCGCUGAGGAGAUUGAGGAGAAGGUGAGCAGUUUCCGUAUGAUGCUGCAGGAGAAACAGGAUCCUCCUCCACCUGCUGCUGAGAAACCAGCUGUGACAGAGACGCACGCUCUCGCCGCCGCCAACCAGCAGAAGAACGACCGGCUCCGGGAGGCGUUUGGAAUCGGCUCGGACUACGUGGACGGCUCGUCCUUCCACCCUGAGCGUAAAGAGAGGGAGAGAGAGAAGAGGGAGCAGGAGAGGCUGGAGAGAGAGCGGCAGCAGCAGCAGAAAUAUCAGAUUAUUGAAGACUCUGACGAGUCGGACUCCUCAUCUCCUCGAAAACAGAGCCGUAAGAAGAAAAGAAAGAAAGAAAAAAGCAGAGAGAGCUCUGAAAGUCCUUCUCCAUCGCCUCGGAGAGAGAAGAAAAAAAACAAGACCAAGAAGAAGAAAAGGGAGCGGUCAGUGCAGAGUGACUAUGGCAGUUCAUCUGAAGACCGGCCGGAUACAAAGAAGAACAAAAGGAAGAGGAGUAGUGAAAAUGAGACUCCGCCCCCUACAAAGAGCAGACGGCGCCGCAGCAGAUCGUCCAGCUCGACUCGCAGCAGGUCUCCAGUCGUGUUAAAGGAGAAACGGCACAAUCCACCUGUAGCUCGGGCAGAUGAGGGGAGGAAGGGCAGAUCUCCUGAGCAAAGGGGUCACCACAGGGACAGUCCAGAGAAGAUGGAGGUUAGAGAGAAGGCUUCCAGACAUUCCAGGUCUCCUGAACGAAACAGGAAGGACCGGGACAGGGAAAGGGAGAGAGUGAAGGACAAGCCCCAAAGGGGGCGGCAUGACUCGUCCUCUCGGUCUCGGUCUCCGCCCCCUAAACAGCAGAGAGACAGGCAGGAGCAUGAGAGAGAGAAACCGCCUCAACGAAGAAGACACGACUCGUCCUCUCCGUCACCGUCUCCAAAACGACAGAGAGACAGGAUGCAGAGGAGCGUGGAGAAAGAGCGAGAGGAUGAGAGGAGGAAGAGGGAUAACAGACACCAGAAAAGGAACGACUCUUCAUCACCAUCGCCUUCACCACAGAGAGACCGAGCACACAGAGGAUGCAGCGGAGAGAAGGAGAGAGUGUCUUCACCUCCACGUCCUUCAGACAGGGACAGAGCGAGAGACAGAGACGUGGCUCCAAACAGUCGAGCCAGAGAGAGUGAUAAACAGAAAGAGAGAGCUCGCUUCAGCGACUCACCUGUCUCACCUCCCCGCCGCUCGCCACGCUCCAAUGGAAAGCAGAAAGAGGCAGAGCGUGAGAGGGAGCGAGCGAGGGAGAGAGAGGAGCAGAGAGAGAAAGAGAGGGAGGAUGCAAGAAGAAAAGAGCGAGAAAGGGAGGCGGUAAAGUUACAAGAGGAGGCAAAGAGAAAAGAGCGAGAGAACACCAGAGAAAAGGGAAGAGAGGAGACGAAGAGAAAGGAGCGAGAGAGCGACAGAGACAAGGAACGAGAGGAGGUGAAGAGAAGGGAGCGAGAGAGUGACAGAGAAAAGGAUCGAGAGGAGGUGAAGAGGAAAGAGCGAGAGAGCGACAGAGAAAAGGAACGAGAAGAGGUGAAGAAAAAACAGCGAGAGAGCAACAGAGAAAAGGAUCGAGAGACGGUGAAGAGGAAAGAGCGAGAGAGCGACAGAGAAAAGGAACGAGAGGAGGUGAAGAGGAAAGAGCGUGAGAGCGACAGAGAAAAGGAACGAGAGGAGGUGAAGAGGAAAGACAGGAGACGCUCUGAAGAGAGAUGCUCCGGGAAGGUCGGCGAGAUGGGAGACAGUAGGACGGAGCGAGACAAAGCUGCGGCAGAGACGGAGAGACAGGGCGAGAAGGUGAGGGAGGACGAGAGGUCAGGAAGAACCAGAGAGAAAAGCCCACUGGAGAAAGAGAGGGAGAAAGCACAAAACAAGGAGAAGGACAAGAAGAAAUCCAAAGGUUCGAGCAGCAGCAGUGACAGCAGCAGCAGCAGUGACAGCAGCAGCAGCAGCAGCAGCAGCAGUGACAGCGACUCUGACAGUUCCUCAUCAUCCUCUUCCUCCUCUUCAUCCUCAUCAUCCUCGUCUUCGUCCUCCGAAGAUGAAAAGAAUGAGAAGAGUAAAGAGGAUCUUCACACAGUCAUAGCUCAGGCUGUGGCUCGGAGAGAGAAAGAGAAAGAGACCGAGAAGGGAGAUGCAGGCAGGUACACGCCCACAGACAGGGAGAGCUCCGCCUCUGUAACCACACAGACUCUGCCCACCAGAAAGGAUGAUAGGGAUAGAGGCAGAGACAGAAGAUCUCCAUCUCCACAGAAGGAUCGACAGAGAGAGAGAGAUCAGGGAAAAGAGAGGUACACUCCCACCGAGACUUCAAGCCCUCCUCCAUCUCCCGCAGAAGGAAGGAGGUACAGUCCUGAGGAGAACACAAGAACCCAUGGCAGAGAUCCGGAGAGGCCCAGGGAGCGAGGGAGCGACCGGCACACACCCUCGGACCUCGAGCGUAGAGAAAGGAACAGGCCGAGUGAGAGAAGGCGGGCAUCUCCAUCCAGAUCCCGGGAUGAGGAGAACCAGAACAGACGGGCCCUGGCACCAUCACGUUCUCCAUCUCGAUCUCCGGCACGUUCUCCAGCACGGCAACGAGAUCGUCCACGCUCCCUGAGCCCCAAGCGAGGAGUCAGGAGAGCAACACCACCCUCACGCCGAGAGCGGGAGAGAGACAGAGCAAGGCCAGGAGACAGAGAGAGACUGCGCUCGCGAGAAAGGAGGACGAGAAACAGCAGGUCACGAAGCCCACGCAGACGCUCACCUCCAUACAGGUCCCAUCGUUCUCCCUCUCCUGUGUACCGGCGCAGAAGUAGUCACUCUCUGUCCAGAGAGAGGGAGCGAGAGAAAGAGAGGGAGCGAGAGAAAGAGAGGGAGCGAGAGAAAGAGAGGGAGCGAGAGAAAGAGAGGGAGCGAGAGAAAGAGAGGGAGCGAGAGAGACAUCGCGAACAAGAGCGAGAGAGGGAAAGGGAACGAGAAUGUGAAAAAGAGAGAGAGAAAAAAACAAGAUCACCUCCUCGUCGCUCUCCAUCUUCUUCCUCUACAUCUUCAUCCUCCUCGAGUUCGUCGUCUUCGCCCUCCCCUCAGAGGAAACCUGAUCCCCAGAAGGACAGAAAGUCAGAGAAGAGGCUUCGUUCUCAUUCCUCUUCACCUCCUCCCUCUCAGGAUUCUCCUAAACGCUCUAGACAGCCGCCGCCUCCGCGCUCCAGAUCUCCUCCUGACAGCCAAUCGGAUGUGAGGAACACCUCGAGGGAUCAUUCAUGGAGCCAGUCGCCCACGGAGGGACGCGCGACUCGGAGCCAAGAGCGGCCGGUCAGAGGGGAGAACGUGGUGAACGGUAGAGCAGAGAAGGAAGUCGUGAAGCAACAGAAGAGCGAGCGCAGGAGCAGCUCCAGCUCUUCAUCAUCUUCAUCCUCAUCAUCAUCUUCAUCCUCAUCCUCAUCCUCUGAUAGCUCUGAGUCUGAGACGGAGAAAGGGCAGGGGAAGGCAGCAGAGAGCAGACCCUCGUCCUCCUCGGAGAGAGAGGAAGUGAAGAAGAAAAGUCCACCGCGUCGGCCGAGAGAGCCUGCUGACUCGCUCAGAGACUCCAGGUCACUCAGUUACUCUCCUCCUGCCCGACUGCGCAGAGCCCCUCGCUCCCCUCACGCUCGGAGGAGAUCCAGGAGCAGGUCGAGCAGCAGACGGAGAAAAUAAUAAAUGAGGCUGUACAUUACUGAUGAAUUCUUCAUACAUUUCUUUUCCCUGACUUUCUAUCGUGUCUUUGGAGAAAACACACACACACACAGCAGAAACAUUCUGAUUCACACAUGAAAUCUGAACUGGAGUGAGGAAUCAUCUCAGAGUUUCUGCACUCACGUUUACCCACAGGGAAGUUUUUGGUUUAUUUUUUACUUUCAUUACGGUGAUUAAUACGAAGAGAGAGAGAGAAGUGGAGCUGCAGACAUGUCAUGUGUUCCUCUGUGCCAACACCAAGCUGAAUACUCCACUCCAAAUGAAUACACCAGUGUGUGUGUCUCUCUCUCUCUCUCUCUCUCUCUCUCUCUCUCUCUCUCUCUCUCUCUCUCUCU